CAUUUAUUGUUUAUGUUCUUUCUGCUGAAUGUAUGUUUAAUGCAAAGAAUUUGUAACAACAUCACAUACAAAUUCUUUGGUUUAAUAGUUAUAAUCUUUUUUUGUCGAAAUGGCAUUUCGAGCAAACAGUAACGGACAUAAAAUUUAUAAUGGUUUCGAUGGUUUUGAUUCAAAAAGUCCAUUUUUGAUUGGUGUGGCCGGUGGAACUGCGUCUGGAAAGUCUACAGUAUGCCAAAAAAUUAUGGAUAAAGUUGGACAAUAUUCUGUGGAUCAUCAGCAACGUCAAGUUAUAUGUAUUAGCCAAGAUAGUUUUUACAAAGAAUUAACGUGUGAAGAAAAGAAAAAAGCUGCUAAGGGAAAAUAUAAUUUUGAUCAUCCUGAUGCAUUUGAUAAUGAGUUAAUGCACAAAGUUUUAAAAGAAAUUCUUGCUGGCAAAACUGUACAAAUUCCUGUAUAUGAUUUCAUUACAAACUGUAGAAAGCAAGAUGAAUCUAUUACUGUCCAUCCAGCAGAUGUUGUUUUAGUUGAAGGUAUUCUGGUAUUUUAUUUCCCUGAAAUCAGAGAACUUUUCCACAUGAAAUUGUUUGUUGAUACUGAUCCAGAUACCCGAUUGUCUCGACGAGUUCUGCGUGACACAAGAGAAAGGGGCAGAGAACUGGAUCAAAUAUUGCACCAGUACACCACAUAUGUGAAACCUGCAUUUGAAGAUUUUUGUCUUCCUACAAAGAAGUAUGCUGAUGUCAUUAUUCCUAGAGGAGCUGAUAAUGAAGUUGCCAUCUCUAUAAUAGUUCAAACAAUUCAAGAUCGGCUAUCACUGGUAUCACCUCGGAGCUCACUUGACAUGGGUGUAGUGAGAAAUUCAAUAUAUCCAGUAUUUCCACCUCACUGAAGAACUGGCUUUGUAGAUGUAUUUUUUUUUUUUUUCUUAAUGUUCCAUUGUAAUAUCAUUCUUUACUUUUAAUUUAGAUACUAAUUAAAUAAAUUUGUGAGUUAAGAAUUUAUAUAAACAGAGCACAUUUCAGCACCUAAUGCUAAAAUAGGUUCUGUUUUUCUGCUUGUUAUGCUACUGUGUAGUAUAUGAUGAUUGUUAUAAUGAUUUUAAUACUUAUGAAAAUAUUUACUUAUUUUAUAUUAACUAGAAGUAUGGAAAUUACUAUGCUGAGUAAAGUGUUACUCUAAUUCAGCACUUUAUCUAUAUUUAUAUAUAUUUAAUGUUUGUUAUUUCUGCAGUCAUAUGUGUUAUAUUGAACAAAACCAAUGCAAAUCAAACGAAUUUAAAAAACAGAAAAAUUCUUUAAUCUUGAUAAAUUGCUUGCUAUUUUAUGCACUUACUGUAUGAUUUUAAAAAAUGUCGAAAUGUUAAUUUUUAAUGAUAAAAUUGUUUUUGUCAAAAAUCAGAAUUUUAAAAGUAAUAUGUUUUAAACUGUUAUUUUGAAAGUUUCUUUUUAAUUUUUAAAUAUUUGGUUAUAAGGAUAUUUGAAAAUUGCAGUAAUCCAAUAUGUUACUGUUAGCAAUGCAUAGUUCUCCUGAAUUUUCUUUUUAGUAUAAAAAUUCUUUUUGCGAAUUUUAUAUCAUGUAUUUAUAUGAAGUCAUUUCUGUGCGUUAAAUGGAAUAUUUAGUUCAUAAUAAAUUUUACUAUUGGCAUUGUUUAAUAAGAUGUAAUAUUAUUUUUCUUAUAGUCUGUUGAUAUAUAUGACUUAAAAAUGUUCCUAUAACUUAAUAUGCAUUUAAAUCUUAAAUUUGAUAUUUAUAAUGUUUACUAUUUCUGCAGAGGUGGUCCUUUUUCAUUGAAUUUCUUUGUAAUGUCAGUAAUACAACAUUAAUUCUAUGAUGCAGGUUAUUAAUAUUAUUCAUAUAAAAAUAAGAGCAUUUUAAUCUUAAAUGGAUGGGAUAGUCUGUGGAUGUGUUUUCUGUUUUUAUUUUGUUUUGUUUAUAUAUUUUAUAGUGCGGCUUAAUGCUAGUCAGACGUUUUGGAAUGUUACAUUUUUAACUAUUUAUUUGCUUCACUGCAUUUGUUCACAUUAUGCAUAAUUUAUAUUUCUCAGAGUCAGUACUUAACAUUAAAAUGAAGUCUCAAGAUCUGAAACCAUAUGCAAUAUUUAGUCUUUCAAGCAAUAAUAUAUGGUGUUCACCACCAUUCCCUAAUGUUUAGCAGCAAUUUUAUAUUUAAAACUGAAUAAUUGUUUGAAUACAUUUUAAAGGCAUGCAUCUUUUGCUUUGCAAGUUAGGUUUAAGUAAAUAUUAUCAUUAUAAAAUUUAGCUUAUUUUUUAGGUUGUUAUUUAUGUUCCUAUUUAUUUCAUAUAUUUGCAUUUCUAGUCAAAAUGCCAGUGAUUUUGUAUCUUUUUCAUUUGGGGGGGCAGGAAAAACUUGGUUUUAAUAAUUACUCACUAUUUGGAGUAUAUGUCAUAUAUGCUCAGUUUUAUUUAGAUUUAACUGUGGAAUAAAAAAAGUUGUUAUACAGCUGAUUAUAUAUAAUUGUUUUUUUAAUUUAUUCUCUGAAAUUUCUUCCUUUACUAACUUUCUGUGUGUUAUAAAAAACUGUUUCUCUUUCUUGAAAUGGGUUAUUUUACUUGUAGAAGCAAGGAUUCAGAAAUUGUAGUGCCGCUGCAUGUUCAUCAGUUAUAAAAUACCACUUUCGUGAUACUAUUAUUUACCUUUUAAGAGUAUUUUGUGUUAAUUGCAUGACAACAAUCAUAGAACAGAAGUUAAUAAUCUAAUUCCUCAUGUUUCAAAAAGCCUCUUCAUUUUCUUCCUCAUUUGCCGUAUAUUUUAGCAAGUAUGGGGUAAAUGGAUCAUGUAUCUCAUAUUGGAUAUCUAUGAAAGAAGAAUAAAAUCUAAAGUUGCAUUUGCAAGGAAACUGUGAUCGAUAUAAUACAUUACUUUUGUUUUUAAAAGAUGUUUUAACAAGUUAUGUUCCUGCAUAGUUAGUUCACUUAUGAUUUUAUAGGUUGCUCAGAGAUUAUCUAAAAUGGUUCUAACCAUGUUAUGCUCUGAGAUUUCAUUUGCUUACACAGAAGAAAGCAUCAGUGAUGUAUUAAGCUCAAAAGGAACUUUACCUUGUUCCCCCCCCUCUCCCAGACAGUAUCUUUGAUAAAAGCAUAAAAGAAGAAACUUUGGCAUACGGCCAUUUUAUCUGGCUGCCCCUUGCUGCUAUUUUCAGUAUUUGACACAUUAUAUAUGGCAGCAUUCAUUCUCAUCAGAUUAGUAAACUUUGAUAACUGUCAUUUUGUUUGUAGACCAUCACUAGUCUUUUAAUGCAGUUCUAUUCUUAUUUCGAUGUCCUGUGUAUUCUUCAUAACAUGACUGUGACCAUCUCAAUGAUUUUUUUUUAAAAAAAGCUCAUGGCAUUAGUUUUCUGAAGAGUCUUCUAAUAAAGGAAAAAUCUUAUGGAUCAAGGAUUUUCAGAUUUAGUAGCAGCUUUUAUCUGUCAUUCUUUACUUUGAUUAUCAAUAGUUCUUACAGUUUUCAUUAGUUUCUUAUUUAUCAAUAUGAAGAACAAUAUGUAUAAUGAGAUCUAAAUAGGUAGAUGUUUUGUCUGAUUUUCAGUUUAUAGGUCCUCAAGAAAUUGUGUUCAGUCUAAUUCAUAAAUAAUUCUCUUUUAUUAUUUUACGUUCUAGAUUAAUAAUUUAAAAAUAGUGAAACAUUUUUUUUUUUUAAAUUGCAGUUUAAAAAAUAUUUAAAACCCAGUUUCCACAUUUAAUCAUGUAAGGCACAUGAAACAAUCUAGAAAGUCAUAAGUCAAUCUAGAAAGUUAGAAUUAAUGAUCUUAAAAUAAUUCUAAUUUCAUCAAAGAAGCACAACUAUGUAGAAUGAGGAAACAUCUAUGGUAUAGCUGCUGAAUGAAUUUUAUUUGUCAAGUUUGCAAUUGUAGAUUUGUUUUAUGGAGAAAGACAUUUUACAAAUUUUAGUAAGGUAAUUUAUGGUAAAGUUUACAUAUUUUAUAAGUAUAUUCCCCCCCCCCCAUUUCAGGAAUAACUAUUUCUUUUGAAUACUCUGACAUUGCUAAAAUUCUAUUUUUACUUGUAUGUCUCUUAGUACUUUUUUUUUUAUUUUAGGCAAUAUGUAGUCUCUUAGUACUUUUUUUUAUUAUUAUUAUAGGCAAUAUGUAACCAUUUUUAUUGUUUUAAGUGCCAAAUGAAAGAUUUAGUAUACAAAUUAAAUACGUUGAAAGAAAGAAGACAUUGUAUUAUGUGUGGUUAGUUCUUCUUUCUGUCUUCUUUAAAUUCUUUUGCACUAUAUUUUGUAUUUGACUUUAUUUUAGUGUUCUUGUUUAUUAUCCAUAUGCAUCAAACAAAGUUUUCCAUAAAAUAAAAUAUUUUAAUUUUUACAAUUAUAUGAUUUUUUUUAGCAUUUUUCUAAACAUUUAACAAUUAGCAUUAAAUAAUAUUAUGUUUUCAUAUAGCAAAGGGUAUGCUAAAAUUAAUUAAUUGUAUUAAAUACUUUGAUUUAUUGAAGUUAUUGCUUUUUGUAAUGAGCCCAGAGAAGCAAAGCAAGUUUGAGCAUUGUAUAUAUAUACAAAAUUUAUCAGUGUAUAGAUGCAUAAAUAAAAAUACGUUUUUAAAAUAUUGCUGUAGAAACAAAUGUACAAAUAUUUGUUUUUGUUCCAAAUAAAAAAUAUAAGUAUGA